AUGGUAGGCGGCCAGGUGAUUAUCCUUCAUCCUUACGGACAGCUUGAUAUGGAAUUGUUUUCAAAAACAAUUAGUCAUCAUCAAGUGUCAUAUUUGGGCACUGUACCAUCUCAAAUGAUUAAUUUAACUAAGUUUCUAAAUACUACAAAUCGAAAUUAUGUUCUCGAAACGCUUCGAUGUGUAUCAACUGGAGGAGAGGCGCUAUUCGUUGGCACUGUUGUUGAUAUGCAGCGUUACCUGAAAAAUAACUGUCGCAUUUACAACUAUUAUGGUCCUACUGAAUGUACGGAAGCAGCAGUUGAACAUUUAAUAACAGAAGACGACCUUGCUCGUAGUUCUAUACCGCUGGGACAACCUAUGGCAAAUGUUUACAUCUAUGUCGUCAACAAGUAUCUUCAACCCACUAUACCUGGCAUGCACAUGGGUGAAAUUAUUAUUGGGGGUGCUGGUGUAUUCGCCGGUUAUCGUAGUCGAAAUGAGUUAACAGCUCAAGUCAUGUGUCAAAUCAAUAAUGAACUAUGCUAUAAGACAGGAGAUUUAGGAUGUUUCAAUCCCAAAACCCGUUGUUUAGAAUACUGUGGUAGAGAAGAUUAUCAAGUGAAACUUCGAGGACAACGUAUUGAAUUAAGUGAAAUUGAAUCAGUGAUUAUGAGUAUUGUCGCAAUGUGUGUUGUUGUCAAAGUAGCACAAUGCAACAGUGACUAUCUUGUUGCUUAUGUCGAAGGAAAGAGUUAUAGUGUAAAUGAAGAACAACUUCGACAACAUUGUCAGUCUCAUCUUCCACAAUAUAUGAUUCCAUCUUUCUUUGUUAUACUUGAUAAAUUACCUUUGAAUCCAAAUGGUAAAAUAGAUCGAAAACUUCUUCCUCCACCUGAUUUUUCAUCAAGACAUCUCACUAAUCAUGAUGAAAUAUUACUACCAACAAAUGAUAUUGAAGUUAGUAUUCAUCGUAUUUGGUGUGAGAUAUUUAAACAAAAUCAAAUCUCAACUGAUACAAAUAUCUUUACUCUUGGUGGUCAUUCACUUUUCAUUAUGCAACUAUUUCAUCGAUACAAGACCGAGUUUCUUUUAGAAACAAAUACCCUUUCUAUUUCGAGUCUAUUUCAACAUCCAACAAUUAUUCAUCAUGCUCAACUCAUUCAACAAUCUAUCAAUAUCAUUAGCACUCUCGACGAUAAUCCUUGGUCUUCAUUACAAAUCAUGAAAGCUAAAGCAUCAUUUGCUCAAGAACGCAUCUUCUUAGAUGAACAAAUCCGAUUUUCAUCAACAAAUAAUAAUAUUAACAACAUGUAUGUUAUUCCAUUAAUUUAUCGUAUAUCAUCUCUGAAUGAUCAUAUAUCUAUUUCACGAUUACAACAUGCAUAUCAAUCUAUCGUAAAAAAACAUCAAGUUCUUCGAACAGCACUCUCUCUUGACACAAAUGGUACUAUUCUUCAACAUUGUUUAGAUACAAAUGCUAUUAUCAAUGAUAAGAAAUUAUCUAGAUUUUUGAUGAUUAAUCUUCCCGAUGAAGAACAUGAACUGAAUGAAAUUGUAAAGAAGAUUUUAAAUCAAUCAGAUUUAUUUGAUUUAUCAAAAGGACAUGUUAUUAAUUGUCAUAUUCUUCGUCGUGAUCAAUCAAAUCAUGCAUUGACUCAGAAUAAUGAUGAUGUAUUAACUAAAGAUGAUCUCAUAUUAUUUACCAUUCAUCAUGCUUGCUUUGAUGGAGCAUCGACAUCAAUCUUUCUUCGUGAUCUCUCUCUUGCUUAUCAAUCUGAUGGUUCAUUACCUGUAGAUGAUAAUUCAUUACCAUACAUCGACUAUGCUGUUCAUGAGCAGAUAAUGAACAUGACAUCAGCUCAAGAAUUUUGGCUAUUACAACUCAAAGGGUAUAAUCUGGCACGACAAUUAUCAUUACCUGUUGAUCGACAACGUUCAUCAACUAAUCAACGAUCAGGUUUAGCUUCUACAGCUCAGAUCACUUUCGACGAUGAAAUAUGUAGAUCAUUUCUAAACUAUGCAUCAUCACAUCAUCUCACACUCUUUCAGCUUGGAUUAUCGAUAUUUUAUGUCUUCCUAUGCAAAUUAACUCAUGGUGAGACUGAUUUAUGUAUUUCUUCUAUCAAUGCUAAUCGAUACCGAAGUGAACUAGUGAACAUGAUAGGAAUGUUUGUAUCAACAUUACCAUAUCGUGUUGAACUUGAUCCUCAAUGGUCAUUUGAUGAAGUAGUUAAAUAUGUACAAGAAAAAUGUUUGUCAAUUCUUGAGCAUUCUCAUUAU